CGGAGGCGGCUUCCGCUUCCGCGCGGCAAUUCCGGUUUCCGGCGCGCACCUCUCCGGUGCAGCGCGGCUGGCGGGACGGGUGGCGCCAUGGCGGGAAUCAAAGCGCUGAUCAGCCUGUCUUUUGGGGGAGCGGUCGGACUGAUGUUCUUGAUGCUCGGAUGUGCCCUGCCCCAAUACAACCAAUACUGGCCACUGUUUGUUCUGUUUUUUUACAUCCUUUCUCCUAUCCCAUACUGCAUAGCAAGAAGAUUGGUAGAUGACACAGAUGCUACAAGUAAUGCCUGCAAGGAGCUGGCAAUAUUCCUUACAACAGGCAUUGUGGUCUCAGCAUUUGGGCUGCCCAUAGUGUUUGCAAGAGCAGAACUGAUUUACUGGGGUGCAUGUGCACUCGUUCUUACUGGGAAUACAGUCAUCUUUGCCACGAUCCUAGGAUUUUUCUUGGUCUUUGGCAGCAAUGAUGACUUCAGCUGGCAGCAGUGGUGAAAGGAAGAUAAAAGAACUAUCCACAGGUGUCCUGUCAUGCAGUGGCCAUCCAUACAAAUGAGAGAAUGGGCAAUAAAGAGAAGUAGCGUAGCAAGCCUCUUGAGUAUUCUAGAUGCUCCUUUUGACAUGGUUUGUUCUGAGUGUACUACCAUUGCUGACAGGAUUUCUAUGUUUUUAUGAAGUGGAGAGAUGAUUGAUUUCAUUUUUACCUAUGGUAUAUUUUUAGGUGCUCUCUUGGUUUAAAAUGGUCAUCCUUCUGUCCAAUGUUUUAUGUGAAGCUUUAAACCAGGAACAACAUUUAAACAUAAUUUCAAGGAUUUGAAGUUGGGGAGUUUUGAUGGGGUUUUCCUUUGUUGGUGGUUUUUUGGGUUUUUUUUGGCGGGGGGGGUUGGGGGUUUUUUGUUGUUGGUUUUUUGGGGGGGAUUGUUUUUUAAGUUAAACAUUAAUACUACGUUUCAAUUUUUUUUAAUACCAGGAUUAAAUUAUAUACAAGCUGAAUGGAGGUAAGAGAUUGUCCACCAACAUUGCCAAUUACCAUAUCAAUAGAUUGUUGCUAUAUUUUAGCAGAAGCAAGUUGGGUUGGAGAGUACCGGUUGUAGAUUUUCUUCUGCCCGUAACUCAGACUGGGUGAUGAAUGCUGGUAGCUUUCAUUUCAGGAGAAGGUUAGGGAGCAGGUAGAAUUAUUUGAGACAAGAGUCCUAAAUUUUAACACCACUAGCUCUUUUACCUGCUUUGUUACCAAUUCUGUGGAUGUGAUGUUCAAAUACCCUGUAAAUGUAUUGCUCUGACAUACAAAACUGAAGUGUAUUGUAGGGGAAGAGAAAAUGAUGUUUAAAUUCCAUUUUUUUUUAAAAAAGUAUCUUUUGAAAUCUUUCUAAGUAUUGUAUGGAUUUAAACUUUUAUGUCAGCUUUUUACCACAAAGAUGGUAAAAUGUUCAUUUAUGGAACUACAGGUCUGUGUUAAUUUGAAGCAUAUAAAAAGCUAUUUCCUUCUCCCCUUUUACAUUUAUUUUAUACAUAGCAUAUAUAUAUAUAAA